AUGCUACUUGACCAAUUCUCGUUUCCUGAAUAUCAGCAGGCCUCAUUUUUCAGUCCCAGUAUACCGUCUUUCAAUCGUAUUGCUAUCUACGGUCAUCGAGGCUGGGCCAGCUCGAAGAUAACUGAAGCCUUGAUCGCUUCAGGGGCACCGAUCCGAAUUAUUUACCGUCCAGGAUCCGAUAUCUCGAGCCUACCGUCUUCCAUCACUAGCGUCGAGGUGGAUGUUGAGGACGAGCAAGCACUGGUUAACGCCCUACAUGACAUUGACAUCGUAAUCUCUCUCGUCGGACACGAAGGGGUUGAGCGACAGCAUGCCUUCGUCAAGGCUAUACCAAAGACGGACGUCAAGCUUUUCUCACCAUCGGAGCUUGCGGGUAGAUACGACGAGCAAGGCUUGAAGAUUGGCGUCAACAAGGCUAAACGCCAAGUUGAGGAAGCCUCUAUCGCUGCUGGCAUUCCAACUACGCUGGUUUUGCUUGGGAACUUCGCCGAGUUUGCACUGAAUACUCCUGGCAUGGGUGUAGACUUGCCUCGUAAUAGAAUUGUGUACUCGGGGAACAGUGCCGAGGAGAAUGUGGACUUAUGUACGAGCAGCUACGUGGCCGCGGCAUAUGUAGCUAUCUUUGCUUCGACGCCAAUUCCUCAACUCCAAAAUAGGGCGAUCUCGAUCUCAGAGUUGAAGGCCACUGGUAAUGAUGUUGCCACUGCGCUGAAACAGAAACAUGACACUCCUCCUCGAGUUUCCGUUUUGAGCCUCGACAAAGUCAACACCGAAGUUGAGGAAGGGCUGAGAUCAGGCAGUCUCUUUACCCUGGCUUGGUACUGCCGCAAGAUUUGGGGCACCGGCCAGCAAGCCAAGAUGGUCGGGACCGAUAUCUGGGAUGUUGAGGGAUACAGAAAGGCUACUCUUGAAGACUUAGUCGUCGGUGGAAAACUUGAAGCUUAUCGCCAACUCCUACCACAGGUUUCAGAGUACUUUCGGGGCACAUUCUGA